GCUGAGGGUCAUGGAAGUUGUAGUAUUCACAGCUGUUCGCCAUGCAACAAUGACGGCAAAACCACGAUUCCUCCGAAAAAACUCGCAACAAUUGAAACAGGUAGUCUUAACGUCAACCUAAGCGGUCGUUAGAUUAUCUUGGACAUUCACGCCUUUCUAUGCCUAACAACACUGAAGAUAUCGAUAAAAGAAACAUAAUGCCGAAUAAAGAAAAAAAACACUUCCGGAAGUAGCGGACUCUCCCACUUCGAAACCAACCAGUCAGAGCGCUCCUACGGAAAUUCGGUUGGGUCAAACCAGUGUUAAACCCUUCGCUAUCACUGAUCUCGACAGACCGACAUUCCUCCAAUGGCGAGAUAAUGACUCGAAGGACCGCUAUUCAAGGCAAAUAUAAAGGCUGCGGCAUUUGUUGCAUGGCAUUUCAGUUCGCCGAUGGUCGAUAGCGACGGACAGCUUGAUGAUCAGAGGAAGCAGCUGCAGAGAACGGUUCAGGUGGCGGCUUCAAGGAGACUGCCGUGAUGCUACGUAGGCAACUGGAAGAAAAGGGCUUUUCUACCAUGAGAGAGUGUGUGUGAGCCCGGUUUUCUAGAGACACUAGAGCUCUACCGAUUGGUUAUUUUUUAGUUUUUAUUUUUUUAUACUGGUUUGUUUUUACAGAUACGUUCUUUUAGUGUACAGUGAGGAUACACAGUGAGCUGGUGAACUUUUGUGGAAUGGCAGGUCGAAGCCGAAGAGCAUGGUUUAGUGUUCUUUUGGGACUGGUUGUCGGGUUCACACUGGCUUCCAGACUCAUUUUACCCAAGGCGACCGAGCUGAAGAAAGCUGGACAAAAACGAAAAGCAAACCCUGCUGGUUGUGGGUUGAACAGCGGUCUCAGAAACGAAUACGGCGGAGUACAAUGGCCACCCAAAGAUAACGGUUUACCUGCGACCGAGAAACCUGGUUCCAGAUCCAAUGAUUUCCUAUUCGUUGGCGUCAUGACUGCCCAGAAAUACCUGAACAGCCGAGCUGUGGCGGCACACAGGACGUGGGCACAGACAAUUCCAGGUCGUGUGGAGUUCUUCUCCAGUGAGGGCUCUGACACCUCCAUACCCAUUCCCAUAGUGGCCCUAAGGAAUGUGGAUGACUCGUACCCACCACAGAAGAAGUCCUUCAUGAUGCUCAAGUAUAUGCAUGACCAUUACCUGGACAAGUACGAGUGGUUCAUGAGGGCUGAUGACGAUGUCUACAUCAAGAGCGAGAAGCUGGAGAGCUUCUUGCGCAGCCUCAACAGUAGCGAGGCCAUCUUCCUUGGCCAGACGGGCAUGGGGGCCCGGGAUGAGCUGGGUAAACUGGCCCUAGAGCCUGGGGAGAACUUCUGCAUGGGGGGGCCAGGGGUCAUCAUGAGUCGUGAGGUCCUCAAGAGGAUGGUCCCCCACAUCCGAGAGUGUCUACAAGAGAUGUACACCACCCAUGAGGAUGUGGAGGUGGGCCGGUGUGUCAGAAGGUUUGCUGGGGUCCAGUGUGUCUGGUCCUAUGAGAUGCAGCAACUCUUCUAUGAGAACUAUGAACCAAAUAAGAAGGGCUACAUACGAGAUCUCCACAACAGCAAGAUCCAUCGAGCCAUCACCCUCCACCCCAACAAAAACCCUCCCUACCAGUAUCGCCUACACAGCUAUAUGCUCAGCCGCAAGAUCGCCGACCUUCGCCACAGAACCAUUCAGCUCCACCGCGAGAUUGUCCAAAUGGGGCGCUAUGGGGCGGCUGAACCCAGCCGAGAGGACCUCCAGCUGGGCAUGCCACCAUCAUUUAUGCGCUUUCAUCCACGGCAGAGAGAGGAUGUUCUGGAGUGGGAGUUUCUGACAGGGAAGUACCUGUUCGCAGCAUCUGAUGGUCAGCCUCCUCGCCGUGGGAUGGAUUCCUCCCAGAGGCAAGCCCUGGAUGACAUCAUCAUGCAAGUGAUGGAGAUGAUCAACGCCAAUGCCAAGACACGGGGGCGGGUCAUUGAUUUCAAAGAAAUCCAGUACGGCUACCGGAGGGUCAAUCCCUUAUAUGGGGCAGAGUAUGUGCUUGAUUUGCUGCUGUUGUACAAGAAGCAUAAAGGAAAGACCAUGACAGUUCCUGUGAGGAGGCACGCCUACCUUCAGCAGACUUUCAGCCGGAUUCAGUUCAGAGAGGAAGAAGAGAUGGAUGCCAGAGCUCUGGCCAGCCACAUCAACAAGGAGUCUGACUCCCUCUCAUUUCUGUCCAACUCCCUCAAGAUGCUGGUGCCCUUCAAGCUGGCCACCUCUGGCCAGGACCAGAGGGAACCAAAAGAGAAGAAGGUCAACAUCUUGGUACCUCUGUCUGGACGCUAUGACAUCUUUGUGCGAUUCAUGGCCAACUUUGAACGGAUUUGUCUGAUCCCCAACCAGAAUGUCAAGCUGCUGAUCCUGCUCUUCAACACAGACAACAACACAGAGCGGGUCAAGCAGGUGGACCUAAUGAGAGAAUAUCACAUGAAAUAUCCCAAGGCCGAGAUGGAGAUAAAGCCUGUCACCGGUUCCUUCUCCAGGGCUCUGGCUUUGGAAAUGGGUUCCUUGCACUUCUCUAACGAUUCAUUGCUCUUCUACUGUGACGUGGAUCUGCUCUUCACCAGCGACUUCCUCAAGCGAUGUCGGACCAAUACCGCCCUGGGAGAACAGGCCUACUUCCCUGUCAUCUUCAGCCAAUAUGACCCCAAAGUGGUAUACGCUGGGAAGGUCCCUAGCAACAACCACUACGUCUUCACGUCCAAGACAGGCUUAUGGAGGAACUACGGCUUUGGGAUCGUCUGUGUCUACAAGGGAGACUUGGUCCAAGCUGGAGGCUUUGAUACUUCCAUACAGGGGUGGGGACUGGAGGAUGUGGACCUUUUCAAUAAAUUUGUCCAGUCAGGGAUUAAGUUGUUCAGAAGCACAGACACAGGGAUAGUGCACGUCCACCACCCUGUCAUAUGUGACCCCAAUCUGGAGGCAAAGCAAUAUAAGAUGUGCCUGGGCUCCAAAGCCUCGUCGCACGGCUCCACCCAGCAGCUGGCCGAGCUCUGGCUGGAGAAGAACGACCACGGCUUCAGGAGACUGGCCAGCAAUAACGGCUCAGUUAGGACAGCGUGAGAAAGGCUGGGCUGCAAACUGUCAUAAUCUGAACCUGAACCCGGUCUGAGCUCACUUGCUCCUGCUAGUGGUGUUCUCACUACCUAAUUUAUUUUUUACUGAAAUGAAAAACUUCACAUGGAUAUAUUUUGAAAUUACAACUUUUUUUGUUUUCUUUUUUUUAAAGAAAAUAUACAGAAGCGCCAUGAUGGACAAUUCAUAGACACAGUCUGGGCUCUAGUAUGGAAGUACAUAUUUUGAGUCAUUAUAGAAGGAAUAUUGAUAUGACUAAUAUUCCUGUGUGAGUCUGGUUACAGCAGGGGCCUGAGGCUCCCCAAGCCUGUAAUGUGUUAUUUGUCAGACAGUGGGAGGCAGGAGGGCUGGGGUUGUUCAUGCAUACCUCAGUGCAACAUCGUGUUCCUUAAUUAUUCCAUUUGUCUUGUGAGCAGAAAACAGACUGGUGUCCAUGUACUCUGACACCAGCAGUGCUCGAAAUAUAACUUUUGAUUGUGAAUGUUUACAAAGCAUUUCAUCAAUGAAAACUUAAAAUCGCAAUGAUUAGAAUGGGCCAUUUAAUUUGAUUUCUGUGAUUUGUUUUCUUUUCCAUUUGGUUUCGGUAAGAUGACACUGUUACUGUUACUCCAGGAUUUCUUUGUAUUUUUCUUUAUUAUUAAUUUCUGUGAACCCAACUGCUGGAUUUUAUAUCUGCAAUUCAUCCUUUGCUGUCUAAUUUAUUGAAUUUGCAGGCUCCAUUUUUGACUUUCUGACUGUUGAAAUAUGUAUAUUGGAAAGAUUGUAUAACCAUGUCACUUGUGGGAUAGUGUGUUUUUUAUGUUCCUUUUCUUAAACUCAUUAUCACCAAAGAGUUUUGCACAGUCUGCUUUAGGUAUCAUGUUGCCUGUAUGUGUGUGUGAGAGUGAGAGUGAGAGUGAGAGUGAGAGUGAGUGGGUGGUGUUCUGCAGGCACAAACAUGAAACUGGCUGUAUAAUGAAGAGUAAACACAUAAGCUCUGACUAUCCCAGGCCUUUCUGAUGGGUGAAGUGGGAACCAGUCUGGCCUUUAUUCCAGUGGGUUGACAUGGGAGCAGCGCUCUGGUCGGCCAGCUCAAGUCAAACAUCACUGUCUCUCUUUAGAAAUGACUUUCCUUUCAUGUUGAAAUAAAAAGUGUUGUGGCUGGUCCCAGUCUGCAGAGGUGUGGCUUCAAUGCUGAUUUCACUGAGCUGUGAUGUGAAAACCCACAUUGUCUGGUCCUGUGCCACAGGUUUGUCCUGCUCCUGCCUGUGUUACCUAUAGGCAGGUAUUGUAUGUUCUAGCACUCCAUCGGAUUAAUGCUCCUCCUUCGGCGUUACAACAUGACUGGCUGAUUUAAGACUGAUAUAACAGGACAAGUCAGUGUUUUUGGUUUUAUUUGACCUUUUUUUGUAAUUUUUGUUCUUUUCAGCUCUGUCCAAGUGGGCAAGGUUUUCUAUUUAAAAAGAAAUAAAAUGGGGGGAAAAGUA